GUUGCCUACAAUUAUUACCUACGCCUUGUUGUGGUGUGUUGUGUGUACAUAAACAAAUAAACAAUAUGCUGUAUAUUUCAACAUUUCGUGUUAAAAUUAACAGAUAAUGCGUUUGUUACUGACAUGUGAUACAAAAUGGGUUUGUUAACAUAUAAACCUUAAUUUUUGUUAAACAAUAAAAGUCGGAUCAAAGCGAGAAGGGUGUUCAGAAUGCAUCAGGCGCAUAUACAGCGAUCUAUUUCCGGGCGCGGGCGUCGGCCCUAUUCGUGUAAGCCUCGUUCAUUUUGAACUAAAACAUGCGCGAGCUCGGCCGCGGGGGCUCACUCGUGGCUGCCACCAUCGCGGUAUUACACAAUCGUACCGUAGUCGAGGAAAAACCUCGAUUGGUCAAAUCACGAUCGACCUCCGCGGAGAUAAGAAAUGUUGCGCGCUCCAUAAGAGAAGAAAAUUUUGGUGAAAUUCGCUCGCGAAGAGUAUCCGGCGGCAGCGAACGUCCACUGUCUACAGCGUCUGAAGCCUCUGAACGUGACUCGGCUUCUGUGCAGUCCAGUGAGGAACCGCCCCCACAGGAUAGCGGUGAUUCAGACAGUCCUGAUGAAGCAACAGUGAAAUGUACUACCUGGACAGAAGGCGCUGUAGCCGCAGCGCGAACUGGAUCAUCUGACACAGAAUCCAGCUCCUCCAGCGCAGAUGACUCUGAUGAACAAGAGUAUGAAACUGGAGGCUGUGAUGCGGAGUACCGGACCCUGACGCCUAGUAGGCGGCUAGAUAAUUCUACUAGACGUGAUGAUGAUUUUACUUGGAUGCCAACCGGAAAUAUGGUGGACGAAGGAGAUGAACGUGUCUCGGAAUCUAGAGUUGAUGAUUAUUCAGCAGCGAGUUUGGAAAGACGUCGACGUACACCGGGCGAUCGGCAAGAUCGUGACCGCAAGUCAAGGUCGUCGUUAACAUCGAAACCGCCUCAACACCCAACAAGUGUACGUGCAUCACCUCGGCCACGACGUUCUCGUAAUGAGGAAACACCUCCAGAAUUGCAAAGGCGAUGGAAUUCCUACGAGCACUUCCGGUGGCCAGAGGGAGGGUGGUGGCCUCCAAUGUGUUGGUGUCACGGACCUCCAGUGCCACCGCCAUGUUAUAUGCACGACAGAGCUUGGCCGUCUAAUCCCUCAUUACCGCCAAUGCCCACACGAAGUUAUAAGAACGAUGCGGAGGAUCGCGUUCGCCGGCUCGAGGCAGACAAAGAAAGUUUGCAUCUUCAGGUGCAAGUGUUAUCAGAACAAAUUGCCGCGCAGACCGAGAAGAUGACUGACCUCGAACGCGCGCUGCAGGAUGCAAGGCAGAGGCUGGACGACGCUGAACAAAGAUUGCAAAAGGAAAUGCUGCAACGUUCGUCUCUCGAGACGCAGAAGUUGGAGUUGUUGUCGAAACUAAGUGAAGUGAGGCUGCGUGCGGCUGAGCGCGGCAUUCUAGAACGUUCGCCGCCGCCGCCUGAGCCGGUGGCCGCACUGCCCAUCGCUAGACCCGCGCCCCCUAGAACGCCACCAGCAAACUACGGUCGUACGAUCGAGCGCAACACGCACAUGUAUUCAUCGUUGCCGCGCUCUUCUGUGGUGACGUCAGAGGCGCGCGUGGCCUUCGGUAAACAGAACAACAUGGUGGUGGCGCGCGGCCGAGGACACUCUGUGCCCAACCUAGCGGAGAAGGAGGAAUCGACUGGUCGUAGUGGCAGCCCUGCCGGCGCGGCGGCAUUGCGCGCUCGUCUAGAAGGCGGGGACGCGCGAUCUUUGCGACCUGCAAGACCUUCUACGCCACGAAUGCGCACGCAUCCCAUGCCCUGGGAAACGAUAAAUGUUCGCGAGUGGGACUGUGAGACUACCUGUGGUUGGCUUGAAAGCCUCGGUUUGGAGGUAUAUGUACCAGCUGCACGGACUUGGUUGGGAGCGACGCCGGACGCGCGAGGACAACUGGCGGCCGCCUCGCAUAAUGCUAUUGAAAAGGAACUCGCCAUCAAACAUCCUUUGCAUAAGAAGAAGAUACUGCUCGGCCUUACUGAUUUACUGGGCGGUCACGGCGACCCGCUGCUGUCGCUGGCGGGGCGCCUGGACACGGCGUGGACGCUGCGCUGGCUGGAGGACGUGGGCGCGUGCGGCGCGCGCGCGGCGGCGGCCGACGCGGCGCUGGACGCGCGCCUGCUGCACCGCCUCACGCACGCAGACCUGCACGCGCACCUCCGCGUCGCGCACGCGCUGCACGCGCUCUCCGUGCGCAGGGGUAUCCAAGUCCUCCGCGACAACAAGUUCGACCCGGACACGAUGAUCCGGCGCGCGGCGGAGGGCGAGACGGUGGGCGCGGAGGGCUCGCCCGAGGCCUGCGUGCCGCCCGAACUACUCGCGCGCUGGUCCUCGCACCGCGUCAUGCAGUGGCUCAAGGAGAUCGACCUCGCUGAGUACGCGCCCAACUUACGUGGCGCAGGUGUUCAUGGAGGCCUCAUGUUAUUGGAGCCGCGGUUUACAGCAGAACUUCUGGCUGCUUUACUAAACAUUCCAGCCAACAAAACGCUACUGCGGCGGCAUCUGACGCAGAGAUUCAACGACCUGCUAGGCCGAGAUGUAAUACAGCAAAAGCGUAACGCGGAACAAACGCUCGGAUAUCAACCUCUUACUGCAACUACCAAAUACAAGGUACCAAAGAAAAGCCAGUUCUCGUUGAAACGUAAGAAGAGUAAGGACGACUUGGACCUCGGCGACCUCGUGUGUCCUCUGCACGAUGACUGCUCAGGUGACAUAACCAACUCACCAACGAUGAAAGUAAGAUCAGCAACAGCGGACGUCGCGUCGGCUGUCUCUCCCCCGCGUGACGAGGCGAGGGCGCAAUAGUACCGUCUUAUACUAACCUAAGUCAAUCUAGGUAUGUCAUUCAUUCAUCAAAUACUAAUCGGAUUACUGAUUACUACAAACAUUAAAGCGAUUGUUAAAAUAUAUGUUAAUGAUGUGAAAAAAACAACAAAAUCACGUCAGCGAAACAUUUACUAAAUUCUAAUAAUGAACUACAAAUUAAUACAAUACAGGCUUCAUAAUCAUGUUACCGUUUCGCUGAGAUUUUACAUCACUGUCUGUAUAAAUAUAACAUUGUUGUUGGAUGUUAGGCUCGCGAAUAAUAACUACGAAGUCCUUUAUAGUAAAGGUCAUAUAAAAAAUAUUUUAUACGUAAGCCUAUUCAAAUUUCCGAAAUGAAUCAUCAGACCCAAAACUCUAAAAUAAAAUAGAAAAUUAGUAAUAAUAUAAUUAUACUAUGUCAAGAUAUUGUUAAUGAAGAUUCCCUCUAUUUUUGUUGGAGAUCGUAAGAUCUACUAUUCUAUCGCAUUUUUUUCAAUGGACCACAGAUAAAUAAAGUCUUAAAGUGCUUAGAUUUCGUUUAAUAUUGUGUAAAUUAAAUAAACUUUAGUUAAUUGAUGUGGAAAAGUAAAAUUUUGUGAAAAAAGUAUUAAAACCGAGGUCUUCGUCUAAUUUCGACAGUGUGUUGGUGCUAAAUUAUGUAUUUUGGCGUUCAGCCCUAAAAAUAUAGAAAAAGAAUAUUAAAGACUUAGUCCUCGAAGGUGAAAUGUGUGUCCAAGGUAUUAAUUCAAAUAAUAAAGUUAUGUAGUGUUUAAAACAGAUGUGUAAUAUUGAAUGCAACUGCCAAAAAUAAUGAGAGAAACAACAAUUUUAUUGUAGGUUUAAUUAAGGUCGUCAUUCAAGUUCAUUCAAAUUGGAACAGCAAUUCUCACACGGAAAAAUAAUUUGUGAGAUCCACAAAUUGUUGUUCAGGGUUCAGGUGUGAUGAUGUGCAUGUGAAAAUUGUUUUUAAACACUCGCAACACACAAGAAACAAGAAGGGCAACUUUUUAAAAGGAAAAAGUAACAGCUUCACUAUAUAAUAAAAAACUGUUAAGAUAUUGUGCGAAAGGCAAAAGAACAAAAGCUUAGUCCAGUAUAUUUUAUACUUUAUUAACUUUGUCAAGCUUGUAAGUAAUGUACAAUAUUCUUUUGAAAAAAAUAAGAGAGUGGCGACCGAGAGUAAUAGAUAUUGAUGUAAUCAUUUAUUUAAGAAAAAUAUUUAUUAUACCUUUAAUUUAAUGGUUAAGUGAAUAUUUCCGGAGUCGUGUGUGCUGGUUGAUAUAAUGUUAGUAAGAAAAGAAUCAGAUUGUCAAGCGAGCAAUAGACAUUCCAUGGUGUUUUUAUAUCAAAAUGAAAUUUAUUAUGAAAGUGAACACAAUCAACUAACAAUUUGCAUAUUCAUAAGUAUUAUUAUACAGUUGUUACAAUGUUUGCCGUACUUAGCGCUUUUUACAAGUAAUUAAGUAGCGUAAUUAGGAAUCGACUGAAAGGCGACAAUAUUAUUCUGGUCUCUUUUCCACUUCCUGGAAAUACUUUUUCAUAUUGUUAUAAGAGAUUAUAUACCAGUUUAUAAUAUAUUUACUUCUAUAGAAUUGGGACGGCUUCAAUAGUUGUUUCUGAAAUACUUCUUGUUUAUUUAAGAAAUGUAUUAUAAGUAAUUAUAUAGAUGUCUUUAUAAGCAUUACCCUGAUUAAACAUCCUGAUAGUCUGUUACAAGUAUAUUAUAGCGUUUAUUUGAUAUGUUCAAUGUAUGUGAAGCAAACAUUCAGUUAUAUUUAUAUUUCUGUCGCACAAUGUUAUGAAGUUUGCUAUGUUAAAACAUUUACAAAUGAUUUGAGUUAUAGUAUAGUCCACGAUCCUGUUCCUAACACGUUGUGCCAAAUGUUAUACAUGUUGUAAGCCCUUUACGAUAGACCCUCGUCUUCCAUAGGCUUUAUAAAUAAAAGUUAAAAAAACUAGCGAGUGAAUAAUUUCACUAAUGUAUAUCAUUAAAACAACAAAGUCUUUGUACAAUUACGUAUUAAAACAUUUUUACAAUAUCUUAAAAAUAUAAAAUAAAGAAUUUUAAAAGUUUAAUAAAUACUGAAU